GCAAUGGGCUUGUAUUUGGCAAUCAUUCCUCCCUUUCUUUCUUCUUAGGUAAAUAUUCACUCAAUUUGCUUGCGCAUAUGGCGGAUAAAAGUAUUGCACCCCAAAACACUUCCACCGAAGGAGAGAAGCAAACCGAUGUAGAAUUUAUUCAAACACUUCCACAAGAGAAAACCUGGAAUGGAUCUACUCUCUACCAAUACCAAGGCUUUUGGUACCCUUUCAUGCCAGCCAAGGCUAUCAUCUCAUUUGAAAACCACUUCAAAGCUCGUGAAACUGAUAUCUUCCUAAUCACUCUGCCCAAAGCAGGCAGCACAUGGUUGAAGGCUCUUAUCUUCUCCAUCGUUAACCGCAAGCAAUUCCCACUCACGCAAAGCCCUUUGCUCAUAACAAGCCCCCAUGACCUUGUGCCUUUCAUCGAAUUCGACAUCUACUCAAAAAACCAAACACCUGAUCUUGAAAAUGGAAAAUUUCCUAGCCCAAGAAUUCUUUCAACUCACACACCUUAUGGUACAUUACCUAGUUCCAUCCUAGAAUCCAAUUGUCCCAUUGUUUAUCUCUGCAGGAACCCUCUCGACCAAUUCAUCUCGGAUUGGCACUUUAUUGUGAACCAUUUUCCUAAAGAUGAACAUGUCAAGCCUAGUUCAAUAGAGCAAGGUUUUGACAUGUUUUGUAAAGGAAUCCAUGGCUUUGGCCCAUUUUGGGAACAUAUUUUAGGGUAUUGGAAAAUGAGCUUGGAGACUCCUGAAAGAGUCUUAUUUUUGAAAUAUGAAGAUUUGAAGGAGGACAUUACUUCUAACCUGAAGAAGCUGGCUGAUUUCUUGGGCUACCCUUUGUCAGAGGAGGAAAUUAGACAAGGAGUUGUUGAAGAAAUAUCAAAGCUGUGUAGCUUCGAAAACCUGAAGAAUUUGGAAGUGAACAAGUCUGGAAAAAGGCCUGCUGGGCUUAAUAAUUCAUCGUUUUUCAGAGCUGGUAAUGUGGGGGAUUGGGCAAACUUCUUAACCCCAUCAAUGGCUGAUCGAAUGAAGAAACAUUUUGAAGAAAAGCUGGGUGAUUCAGGCCUUAAGUUUGAUUUGUUGAACAAAAAAGAGUAGACAACAUUCGAAAUCCUGCAAGUG